AUGGACACAUAUGAUGGUUCCUCAGACCCUGACGAGCACAUCGAAAAUUUGGAAGCUCUCCUCGAGUACAGGAAUGUACGAGGAUCUAUCAAGUGUAAGUUGUUCCCAACCACUCCAAGGAAAGGAGCAAUGACUUGGUACAAAAGCUUACCACCAGGAUCUAUCGACUCUUGGUCAAAACUUUGCGCUCGCUUCAAAGCGCACUUCACUCCUUCUCGACGUCAUCCAAAGACGGAGGCAACGCUCGAAGCAAUCAUACAGGGUGAAACUGAGUCAUUAAGGUCUUACCUAGAGCGUUUCACCAAAGCUGCUGUCGAGGUGAAAAUUGAAGAAAUGAUUAAGCUAUACUUGUUGGAUAGAGGGCUUCGUCGAGAUAGCGAUUUCGCCAAAGUUGUAGGCAUCGAGGAGCCACGAACCCUCGACGCUUUAUUUGAAAAGGCUCAGAAAUACAUUUCCUACGAAGUAAAGCAAGUGGCCAUCGACCUCAGAAGGCCUAAAGGUCAUGAGAAAUCAAAAAGCUAUGAAAAAGAUGAAGCUGGAACCUCGCGAAGAGGAAAUGAAAGGAGAAAAGAGGAUAAGAUCAAAGAUUCUAAACCUCCACGAGGCAAGUUCACCGGAUAUACUCUAUUGAACGCUCCUAGAGAGAAAAUCCUCGCCGAAGUCGUUGCUGCAGACUUCAAGAAAGCUGGGAUCCAUUUCCCAAAGCAGUUGCCCGCCAAAGCGCAUACCGACAAAACAAAAUUUUGUCGCUAUCACAAAAGUCAUGGGCUUGUGACUGAAGAUUGUGUCCAUCUAAAGGACGCAAUCGAAAUCUUAAUUCAGAAAAGAUACGCCCGAAAAUACGUCCAAGAUGGCGAGCAAGUCCAAUAG